AGGUCGGGAGCGGAAGUGGAGGCCGGCUCGGAGCGGGAGCGUCGCCUUGCAGUUCCCUCGCGCGUCCGACGCCCCCUACCACGUGACCGUCCAAGAUGGCUGCCCCAGAGGAUGCCGGCCGGUUCCAGGAGGUGGCCCGGGAGGGAGGCGGAGCGGAGCCGGAGCCGGAGCGGGAGGCGGCCCCCUCGGGGGACCUGCGCAGCGUCCUGGUCACCAGCGUCCUGAACCUGGAGCCGUUGGACUUGGACCUCUUCCGCGGGAGGCACUACUGGGUGCCCGUCACGCGGCGCCUCUUCGGGGGUCAGAUCGUGGGCCAGGCGCUGGUGGCCGCCGCGAAGGCCGUCAGCGAGGACGCCCAGGUCCACUCUUUGCACUGCUACUUUGUCAGGGCAGGAGAUCCCACGGUGCCCGUGCUGUACCAGGUGGAGCGCACCCGCACUGGCAGGAGCUUCUCGGUGCGGUCAGUCAAGGCCAUCCAACAUGGGAAGCCCAUCCUCACCUGCCAGGCCUCCUUCCAGCAGGUGCAGCACAGCCCCGUGGAGCACCAGUUCCACAUGCCUGAUGUGCCCCUUCCAGAGGAGCUGCUGACCCAGGAGGAACUCAUCCACAAGUAUCUACAGGACCCCAACCUCCUGGAGAGGUACCGGCAGGGACUCAACAAGAUUCUGGCACAGGAAGUUCCUGUUGAGAUGAAGCCUGUGAACCCUCCCGACUUCUUCCACCAGAGCCCACAGGAACCCAAACGGCUCUUCUGGGUGCGGGCCAAAGGCCACAUUGGUGAAGGAGACAUGAAGCUGCACUGUUGCGUCGCCGCUUACAUCUCUGACUACGCCUUCCUGCAGACAGCCCUGCUGCCCCACCAGCGCUACCGAGUCAGUUUCAUGGUCUCCCUGGACCAUUCCAUGUGGUUCCACGCCCCGUUCCGAGCCGACCACUGGAUGCUCUACGAGUGCGAGAGUCCCUGGGCAGGUGGGUGCCGUGGGCUUGUGCAUGGCCGGCUGUGGCGCAGGGAUGGCGUGCUGGCGGUCAGCUGUGCCCAGGAGGGUGUCAUCAGAGUGAAGGACCCUCCUAGCCUGAGCAGGUUGUAGCGAACCCUUCUCCUUCCCAUCACGGCUGUGCCAGGCCGAGGCCGUGGUCUCUGAUGCUGGGCAUUGAAGCCACCGGGCAGGCGCAGGUGUGGACGGAGACUCAAACAGAAGCACUUAAUGGGAUUGCUUUUAUUGGAUUAUGGACUGGCCUGUGGCUGUCCCAACUGUGAAUAAAGCGACUGAGGCCCUUU